AUGUCCGCUCAUCCAGGUCACCAGGCAGGUCCCUCCAAGGUGAUCAGCGCCAGCGCCAGCGCAAGCCGCCACGGUGCCACUCGCUCAGGAGCAGCCCCCCUCAAUGCAGGCCGUGUUACUACGGGACCUUCUCGCACAGGAGCCCCUGAUGAUGGCCGUCCCAUCAAAGGUGGCCCUCGGGCUGGCCCUGCUCCUGUAGUGAAAUCUGGUGGAAAGCCCAGUCCCUCGGUCACAGCAAAACCCGGUGCAAAGUCCAAUGGUACAAAACCCUUGAAUCUCCGUCGCUUCGUCCCAGAACCCUCUCGCGCAAAGCCUCCUGCUGCAGGACCAACCAGCGCAAUAGGUCGCCCAGCUGCAGGCUCUACCACCAGAGGCCGUGAUCCCACCAGUCGUCCCAUCGCCGAGCCUGCCUGCACACAACCUCCUACCACCCAACCUUCUGCCAAAGUCGGAACUGCAGGAAUACCCUCAAGCACAAAACCUCUCGAGCCCACCAGAGUCUCCUGCACGUACGCCAAGUGCGGCAAGCACUUCCCCAGCAAACGAGACAUGGACAUUCACAAGAUCACCGAGCACGAGUACUGCGAGCGGUGCGACGAAGAUUUCCCGGAUGAAGAACGCUUGCUUCUCCACAAGAUCACCAGCGUCAAGCACAUCGUGUGCCCCGUCUGCGGCCUGGAAUUCCACAGCUCGGGUGGCCGGGACGUCCACAUUCGUCAGAACCAUCGAGCAGAACAGACCAUCAAAUGUCGCGGCUGCACCAUCACCUUCAAAUCCGCCAGCGCCCUGAUGCAGCACAUCGAGAGCAACGGAUGCCGCAGAAUCCCACGGGAGCGCCUGCUCCAGCAGCAGGAAACCCGCUCGAUGAUCGCCGAGAUCCUGGACGGCGACCGGCCUAUCCGGCCCGAGGAUAUCGACAACGACGACGGCGGUGUCAUGCUGGAUGGGACUCCGCUGAAGUCUCCCGUCAGCCCCAAAAGAAGUCCGAAGAACAAAACGCCCGACGCGAGAUCGCCCACCAGCACCUCCCCCAGCCCUAGUGCAGGAAUGGCGGCGAUGGACUCUCUCUGCCCGCGGCAUCAGCCACAGAAGCAGCAAGGUAUGCCCUCCUCGCCCUUGAGCAUGGCAGAGAAGAGCAUGGCGACCGCGAUGUCGCGACUCUCGCUGAACGAGGCCGACGCCGACGCCAGCGACAGUGCGCUCGUCCCGCUCCCCACAGCCACCGAGCUCGAACACGACCAGACAAUGCAGUGGAGCCUGUUCGGCAAGCCGGUCGCCUCGGCCGGCGAGAUCCUCCAGAUGAUUACCCCGGGCUGGGACUCGAGCAAGUUCCUGAACAUGUGCCGUACGCGCUACGUCUGUCACUGCCGCGUGAGCUACAAGCGGGUGGAGGAUUUCGAGACGCAUAUCAUCGAGGAGAUGCGCGAUAAGAAACCAUUGGGAUGCCCCAGAUGCUUCCGCAACUUCAAACGCUCGUCGGACCUAGUCGCACACAUGGAGACCGGGAGCAAUCGCUGCAGCGUGGCCUCCGGGUCCGCCUACCAUCAGGUUCUGGAUCAGUUAACCGGCGGGGUGGUCCGCGUCGCCGGCACGCUCCAGGACGGCACUAUCAAGUAUGAAGCCGGCAACGUGGAACCGCUGUACGAGCCGGACGACGAGACCACUCUUGCUGGGAUCGAUACGAGCUACACAUUCAGAAACCCCGUCUGGUGA